UUGGUCACAUGAGCCCAGACGUUCCUGCUGAUUCAGUGUCGCAAUGAAGACGAGCUGAAUGUUGUUUUCCCUUCGUUUAACGGCUCUUUGAGCAUUUCUCGUCCCAUACAUGUCUUUUUACCUCUAAAUCUGUAUCUAUGGCUCUUGCAUUGGAAUCGAACCUUAAAACAGGAAGUGUCCUGGCGACGGUACUUUCUCUCCUGCUUCCUGCUGUCAUCGUCUGCUCUGUCACGAUCAAACCCCUGUUGUUUGAGGAGCAGCUACUGUGGGUGAGCGGGGUCGAGGGGGAGGUGAACACCUACAGGAUCCCUCUGGUCACCUUCACCCCCGCGGGAAGUCUACUGGCUUUUGCCGAGGGCAGGAAGUCCUCAUCCGGCGAUGUGGGGGCGAAGUUCAUUGCAAUGCGGCGAUCCACUGACAAAGGAUCCACAUGGUCCCCGACUAGCUUCAUUGUCGAUGAUGGUCUUGACCAGGAUGGCCUGAAUCUGGGCUCGGUGGUGGUAGACCAGGAAGUGGGCUCGGUUAUUCUGAUCUAUACUUCCUGCUUCCACCUUUACAACUGCCAGCCUGCUAGUACCCUGAUGGUAGAAAGCAAGGAUGAUGGUCUGAGCUGGAGUUCACCCAGAAACCUCUCAGUACAGCUUGGGGUAAAAAAUUUUGCUCCUGGACCAGGGUCCGGGAUCCAGAAGCGCUUUGAGCCAAAUAAGGGAAGAUUGGUGGUGUGCGGUCAUGGAACGUUAGAAGGGGAUGGUGUUUUCUGCAUCCUGAGUGAUGACCAUGGACAUACAUGGUUUAAUGGCGCAGCGCUGAAAAGCAUCCCUUACAAUCAGAAGAAGAGGCCGCUGGACUUUAAUCCUGAUGAGUGCCAGCCCUUUGAAAUGACCGACGGCAGCAUUAUCAUCAAUGUGCGAAACCAGAACAACUACCACUGCAGGUGUCGCGUGGUGGUGCGAAGCUGGGAUGGCGGGAUGUCCCUUCCCAUAGAUGACCUGUACUUCGACUACGAGCUUGUGGAUCCUGUAGUGGCAGCCGGGGCCUUUCAGAAAGAAGGGAUACUCUUCUUCACCAACCCAUCCAACGCUCAACAGAGGAUCAACCUUACCUUGCGUUGGUCAGUGACUGAUGGUAACUCCUGGGAGAAAGAGGCUCUCCAGAUUUGGCCAGGUCCAAGUGGGUACUCUUGCAUUACGUCACUGGAUAGCGGCUCUGCGGAUGACCGGAGACACAUCUUUGUCAUCUAUGAGAAGGGCCAAAAAGACUACGACGAGACUGUUUCGUUUGCCAAAAUCCACUUGUAUGGAGGCCGGUAAAGCACAUAAAUUAGAGGUUUUGACCUCUGAAGGAAAAACAGAAACACUUUCUCAGGAAGGAACAAAAAUGACUUUGUUUUUACUUUAGAAUAAAAAAAAAUGAAAUGUUAAAUUUUGCACCAUAAAGGCUAUUAUUUUUUUAUCUUGUCCAUCUUUAAUUGAACAUGGACUGUCUUUAUUGAAACUGAUUUUUUUUUUCAAUGAAAAUAGAUAUAUGUGGAGUCAUAGGGUGAUUUUACACGUGUUGCUUUGGGCUGAUCACCAAGACCAGAAGGACAUUUACAGAAGUUGGAAUCAACCACUUUAGUUAUCUACUAUCACAGUCCGUGUUUGAGUUUUCAUCUAUGUGUAGAAUUAAAUGAGGCUCUGAGGUUGCUGAGAUUUUACGGACUUUGUCUACUUUGGUUUUUAUCUUGCAGUAUGUACAGUAAGUAUGCUGUACCUGUCUUGACUUUUGCCUACAAGUGUCUACAAAUGUCAUACAUUCAAUUUGAUUUGAAAGAAUUUCUUUAGAUAAUGUAAAAUAAUGAAACCUUUAGAUGAAUGUACUGCAGUUUGGAAUCUCCUCUUGAGUUUCGAUGGUUUGCUUUAAACCAUGGCUAUACUGUAAUUUCCAAAGUGUCUAUGUGUGGGUGAAUGUGAGGGGCCUUGGAAGCCACUCCUCCUUAUGAACAAGUCAGUGUAUUUUUACCUUAUCUUGGCUGUUUUCAUAUUUCCACCAACACAUAUGGACUCCUUGCCAACAUUCAUCUUUAUAAUAAUUAACAAUAAUAAAUUGUUGUUACCAAAACUCUUGUUUUUCUGACUAUGAUUUGUAUUUUACCCUGAUUGUUAUUUUUAUUUAAAGUAUCAAUUGCUCCAUGUCGUG